GCGCUUAGUGAGGAGUGCAGCGUGACGUGCACGUGCGAGGGGCCACACUCCACAAUAUUAUUCUACACACUGGUCUUCAUUAAUCUUCAAAAGUAUUUUAAGGUUGAUUUCAAAGCGCAAAACGUCCGGGUAACAUUAGCACCUCUACACAUCUCGGUGGCUCUGACCUGUUGGUUAUGAAUCAUUGAGAUCCGGUUAUGUGGCUAUAUGAUUAAAACGCGAUGGAGUCGGAUGAGUUGAUUGCAAAACGGAAUGGACUUAGAAGAAUCUCAAAAACACCGACCACUCCUAAGCACCCUGGACUCGUCAACAGGGAGUUCCCUCCUAUUAAAAAGGAAGCUCCACCUCCCAGGUUUAAGUCAUUUCACGAUUACUAUUUGACUCAAGGGAAGCAUCAUAAUCGUGAUUUUUUAACUGCACAGCGAGCAUAUAACGCUUCACUUCAAGGUCAUGUUCCACACAUCCCGAAUCACGUAGUCCAAUCGAAUACAGGAAAAUGCGAUCCACCCUCUAAUAAAUUUGCAGAUGAUGCGCCCAGUCGUUUAUCUGCGAGUUACAAAUGUUACGAUGAAAAGGAACUCAGCGUUGUAUUGAAGGGCCACGUUAAACGACUUUGCAAUUACUUUCAAAAUGCAGUGCCAAACAAGCAGUACGCAAGUACCAUCAAAGCUAUGGUUGAGAAAUCCAAGCCCCGUUCCCUAGCUAACUUGCCUCGCUCUGAAUCAUCAUGUAGUACAACCAACAGCUAUCAGCCACAAAAGGAAAUGGAUGUUGCUGAAAUGUUGAAUAACAUGCGAAUACCAGCUGUUGGAAUCAUAGAUCUUGCGCAACAUUUUGCCAAAAGGAAGUCUGGUUGUGCAAUGCCUUCCACGGAACAAGAGGCCCUGGAGUUCCUCGAGCACGAGGGCAUCGCAUACAACAAUGCUGUCAUGUUAAUGGAAUCCACAAAGCGUGCUGGUGUGGUCAAGAAGGUGUUCAAUUGGCGAUCUGCGAUGCAGGCUAUCUGUACAGGUGACACUAAAGUUGAGACCUUAUCUGGUUCCUAUGUCAAUCGUGAAGAGAUCAUCAGGGUUGAUUUACCGCUUCCAUUAGAUCCAGAUAUGUGUGAAUUCCUUCGUAAGCGUGGUUUUGUAAUAGGUAAAAACGGUAUGCCUAUUCUUGAAACGGAUGACGUUAUGGAAUUUGACGGCAUCAAGUUUUUCGUUAUGCCUUGCUAUGACCCUGUAAAGGAUGCAAGCACUCGUCAGAGUUCCACUGUCUCUGAUGUAUCGUUGGAUUUGAAGACCGGUCCCAUUUUACCUGAAGUAUCUCACGAUCCUGAUACUUUGAAGGUCUAUGAUUUAAAGAUAAACAAGGUUACCACUGACAAUGACUUGACGGCUAACGAUUCUGAAUUUGACAAUUGUGUGCCAUGUGUGAAGCGUUCAGAUUCUUUUGAUAUGCGAGAGGACAGUUUGGAUGCGUUUACAAACCACAUAUUUGGGUAUGCCGAGCCUCAUAACCUUGACAAGGUUCUUGAUGAUCUUCGUCGUCUUUUACCGGAGGAGUGUGAUGGUAAGGAAGGGAGUGACGAUUUGUUGAUUACCGACCCGAAUGAGCAGAAUGUAGAAGGUUUCGAAUGGUUUUUGAAUAGCCCUGAGGGUGUUCACUCCGCGUCGGUUAAAGAUGCUGCAAACCUUGACGACGAACCGUUGACAGACGUUGAUUACGAUGUCAUUGACCAAUUUCGAUGGAUGAAAGCAGUGUAGUUCACAUGCAUCUAGCGUUCCCUCUAUACAGAGCGUAUUUUA